ACGGCUUCCUGUUCCGGCAGAAACCGGAAAAGGCAGGGCGCCAUCGUUGAGGCAGGGUGCCUGUCAUGUUAGCUGUCGGUGAAGUUUUUCUCCCGCACUGAGACAUGGCGGAGAGGUACAGCGACAUCGGCUUCGUCCAGCAAAUACUGGGCCUGAACCUGGUACCGAGGAAGAACGGCACGCCGCUGGGGAACGACACGUCUCUGCGGGACUUCUCAGAGAUGUGGUACGGCGUGUUUCUGUGGGCAGCGGUCUCCUCCCUGAUCUUCCACCUGCCUGCGGCCCUCCUCUGCCUCGCCACCCUCCGCCAGCACAAGCUGGCCCGCUUCCUGCCCAUCGCCAUUAUCCUGAUGGGCGUGCUGGGUCCGGUCUGCGGAGGAGUCCUCACCAGUGCCGCCAUUGCUGGAGUCUACAAAGCAGCAGGGAAGACCAUGAUGUCCCUGGAGGCUCUGGUGUUCGGCGUGGGACAGUCGUUCUGCGUCCUCGUCAUCUCCUUCCUCAGAAUACUGGCCACCCUUUAGCAGGGCCACGGUUGACUUUGAGCUGGGUCAGAACCCCCGCUGAGCUCUGAACAGGGCAGAACCUGGGACCUCACUUGGGAUGCGGUUUCAGGUUCUGCAGGAGCGUUGGGGACAUGUCGGCUCCGUAUCCAGCAAAACGGAGCUCGAAAUGCUGCGGCGGCAUCAGACUGAACUCGAGAAGAGCCCCCAACUAACGCUUUCAGGGGGGGCAGCUGCACGUGCUGAUGGGGAGCUGUUGCCAUGGUGACCGCUCAGCAGCAGCAGCAGGACGCUGUACGCUCUCAGGGUGUUUCCACGCAGAGAUGCUGAUGCACUUUCACACAGGAAGUUUUAUGCAAAAAAACGUUGCUCCAUCGUUUGAGGCCUUAAUUUCUACUUUCAACCUUCAAGAGGUUUUAUCGAUGGGGUGGGGGGGGUCAGGUGACCAAAGAACUCUGGGGGCAGAUGAGUUUAAAGCUCUGUUUCUCUGGACAUGAACUGAUGGGUAAAAAUCCAGUGUUCUUUGUAACUUUUCGAUGGAAUCUGAAUUUGUACUUUAUUUUUCUGCAGAAUUUAUUUUUGUUUCAGCCGUUUCUAUGAGCUCACUCCUUCCUCCCACGUCCAGCUUUAGUUCUGCUCAAACGUGCAGCAGAUGCAUUUAUGUUGGCAUUCACUGUUGUGUUUGAAACCUUUUCUCCAGUGAAGCUCCAAUAAAGCAAAAGCAAACGUGACUAGAUCUCCACGAUCUUCCUCCACUCUCCUGCAGGUCCUGUGAUGCCCCGCCCACAGCAAGAGUCCAAAAUUGGGCAUUUUAUGCCUUCAUAUGAAAGGAAUCUGUUUUAAGCCCCUCUUUUCUUGUGUGUGGAUCUCCAUCCUGACUAAACUGUCCGAACCAAAUCCAACUUUGCUUCAUCGCUAGUCUCCUCAUCUUCCUCACUCUGGUGCUUUUUAACCUCUGUUCUCCUGAAAGCGACUGGAGGUGAUGACAAACACUGAGGCUGCUGUCUGUGGAGAAAAAUAAAGACUCAAAACUCAGAGGGAAUGUACGACAAGAACUCAUUUAAACAGUUAGCCUCAGGUGCAAAGGGCUUUAAAUCUGAUUUGUCGUUCAUCUCUGCUGUAAAAAUAAACGGAUCCAACAGAAGAA